AGUUGAGUUGCUCAAUGCAAAUUUUCUUCCAAGUGCAAAACAGCUUACCGGGCUUUGCUAGCCCGGUGCUGCGGUUACAGAGGAGCAAAGCCGAGAGCAGCAGUUCUAAGAAUCUGUGGGCAGAAAAGUGAAGUAUACCCGCAACAGGUGGCGGCUGCUGCAGAGAGUGCGCUUGUGAGACCGGAUGGCGGUUGCGCACAGAAAGCUCAUGCAGAACAGGCAAGUAGGGUCUCUUCUCUUUUUUGUGUGCAUAUCUAUGGGAAGUGCAGCAACCAUCCGCUACUCCGUGGCAGAAGAGAUGGAGAGCGGUUCGUUUGUGGCUAAUGUGGCUAAGGACCUGGGGCUGGAGGUAGGGAAGCUGGCUGCGCGCGGGGCGCGGCUGGUUUCCGAGGGCAACAAAGUGCACUUCCGGCUCCACCGCAGGACAGGGGAUCUGUUCGUGAAGGAGAAACUGGAUAGGGAGUCACUCUGUGGCAAAGCUGACCCGUGUGUUCUGCAUUUUGAAAUAGUCUUGGUGGAGCCGCUGCAGUCCUUUCGUGUCGAGGUCAGGGUAUUUGAUAUCAAUGACAAUGCCCCGAUUUUCCUAAACAAGGAGCCGCUUUUAAAGAUUCCGGAGAGUACCCCCUUGGGUUCACGUUUUCCUCUGCAGAGUGCCCAGGAUCUGGACGUGGGCCUCAAUGGUCUCCAAAACUACACCUUAAGCCCCAACACGUAUUUCCACCUGCAUACCCGCUUUCGCAGCCAUGGGCCCAAAUACGCUGAGCUGGUGCUGGAUAAGCCCCUGGACAGAGAGGAGCAGCCUGAAGUCAACUUGACAAUUACAGCGGUGGAUGGCGGGUCCCCUCCCAAAUCUGGCAUCGCUCACAUCCGUGUGGUCGUUCUGGACGUCAAUGACCACGUGCCUCAGUUCUCCAGAUUGGUGUACCGCGCUCAGGUACUAGAAAAUAGUGCCAAUGGUUCUUUGGUGGUCACUGUGAGUGCCACAGACCUGGAUGAGGGCUCCAACAAAGAUAUAACUUAUUCCUUAGCUCAAAACCCAGAAGCAAUUCUCCAGACGUUUCAGAUUGACUCGCAGACUGGGGAUGUUCGACUAAGAGGGCCCCUAGAUUUUGAAGCAAUUGAAACAUAUGAUAUUGACAUUCAAGCCACCGAUGGAGGGGGCCUUUCUGCCCACAGCAAAGUCCUGGUGGAAGUGGUGGAUGUUAAUGACAAUCCUCCUGAAGUGACAAUCUCUUCUGUGUCCAGCCCUCUCCCUGAGGACUCCCCAUUAGAGACUGUAGUGGCCCUUUUCUCUAUCCGAGACCGGGACAUUCGAGUGGGAGGAAAAAUCAUCUGCUUCCUCAGAGAAGACCUUCCCUUUGCAGUCAAACCUACUUUCCGGAAUUCUUACUCUCUGGUUACUGACAGAGUCUUGGAUCGGGAAGAGGUCUCAGGCUACAAUAUCACCGUUGUUGCCAUGGAUACUGGGCCACCCAGUCUGUUCACAGAAACUGUGAUUGAGGUGCUAAUAUCUGACAUUAAUGACAAUCCCCCAAUAUUUCAGGAAGACUCAUACAUUUUGACUGUUCGAGAAAACAACAGCCCUGCAAUUUUUAUUGGCAAAGUUCAUGCUGAAGAUCUAGAUUUGGGUGAGAAUGCCCAAGUAACAUAUACUCUGCUUCCUCCAGAAAGUGGAGAUUUAUCAGUCUUUGCUUACAUCUCCAUAAAUUCAGACAAUGGGAAGCUCUAUGCACUGAGAACCAUGGAUUAUGAGGCCAUUCAAAAAUUUCAGUUUGUGGUAAAGGCAACUGAUGGGGGCUUCCUGUCACUGAGUAGCCAGGUUACUGUCAGAGUGGUUGUUCUGGAUGACAAUGACAACCGCCCAAUGAUCUUGUACCCACUGCAGAAUGGCACCUUGCCCUGCAAUGACCUAGUGCCCAGGUCUGCAGAGGCAGGCUACCUGGUGACCAAGGUAGUGGCUGUGGACGGUGACUCAGGUCAGAAUUCUUGGCUUUCAUAUCAUCUCCUUAAGGCCACUGACACUGGGUUAUUCUCUGUUCAACAACAAAAUGGGGAAAUCCUUACACUGCGGCAGAUAGCUGAAAGAGACCCCGUGGUUCAGAAACUUACAAUUCUUGUUCAGGAUCAUGGCCAACCAGCUCUUUCCACUACUGCCUCACUCAACAUUUUGCUGGUAGAUGGGUUUUCUGAGCCCUAUCUACAGUUUCGGGAUCCAUCCAAGCAUCCUACAAGGGUAAAUCCAUCCACUAAAUAUUUGGUCAUUUCUCUGGCUGUGCUUUCCUUUCUCUUUCUCCUCUCUGUCACAGUGAUCUUUGUUAUACACAUCUACCAGAAGGUUAAAUAUAGAGAAAAGUUCACAGUUCAAGAGCAUUUCUAUGAUGACUGUAAUUUCCCUAACAACUUGGUACAAGAAGGAGCCAAUGGAUCUUUAUCUCAGCCAUGUCCCUAUGAAAUGUGCUCUGCCACUGGCACUGGCAAUAGUGAGUUUCGGUUCCUUAAGCGCUUUAUGCCCAACUUCCCCUUCCCACAUGGCACUGGAGAAGCAAAAACAGAGGCUGGCUCCAGUUUACCCCCAGAUUCUGGUAGGAAUAGGUCUCGGGGGUCGGAGGGCCAUGGCCAAGUACCUGAUAACUAUAUGUAG